UAUGCAAAUCAAAAAAACUUUCUCAAUGACUUGAUCUCUCCUUGUUCCUGUCUCUCUCUUCUACGCUGCUUCUGUCGCCGAUCAUCGUUGAAGUCUUCACAGAUCCUUUGAAGACAUGUAUGUAAGCUCCACAUCUCCGAAAGAGAGAGAGAACAACCCCGUUUGCCUGCGCUUAAUCCCCUGUAGCUCCACAUCUCCUCCAACGUGAAAACGAAACCCACCGCCCAUCACGGACUUGAGCACCACCGUGUAACCACUGCAAGUGUGCUUCACAAGAGUUAUAUACCAGUGCGAGUCCCAGCCUGGCUGAGCCCACCCUAUUUUCUGCCUUUAAAGCCCUCAUGGAGGUCCAAGGACCCAAAUCUCUCCUACUACCUCACCAACCUUAAAAACCCAAAUCAAAUCUGCGCUUGGAUGGGCCGGAAGACCAUCAUCAACCUCACUAUACCUUACAAUAGUCCAUCUCUUUCUCAUACCAGCUGUCAUCUUUUGCCCUGUAGAGUAAUGGGAAAACAGAGCAGCUGGGAAAGAUCUUAGCCAUUAUCUGCCUCUGUACGAAGCUGCACUCCAUGGUGACUGGGAGAAAGCCAGCACAAUUUUGGAACAAGAUCCAAAAGCUUUCAAGGCAAGAAUCACAGGAGCCUCAGAAAGGGCUUUGUUCGUGGUGAUUAGAUCACCGAGGAAAAACCAUUUUCUAAAGAAGCUGGUGGAACAUAUGUCAUCAACCGAUCUGGCUUUCGUUGACGAAGAUGGCUCAACAGCUCUUCAUAUAGCUGCAAUAGCUGGCAACAUCGAGGCAGCCAAGUUGCUGGUGAAUAAGAACUCUGACCUGCCUAAUAUUUUGGACAAUAAUAACUCACUACCUAUCCAUUCAGCUGCAGCUUGCGGUGAACGGGAGAUGUUUCUCUACUUAAUGACAGUUACCAACGCAAACAUGGAGCCGAAGCCAUUCGAGGAUGAAUCAGGUGUUAGACUAGUUCAUGCUCUGAUAACUUACGGAUAUUAUGACCUGGCUCUCACUUUGGUUAAGUGCUGCCCUAAGUUGGCAUGUUGGGAUCCAUCUCCUUUGCAAUCAAUUACAGUAAAACAUUAUGCUUUCCGGAGUGGAGCACGCUUAAAACACUGGCAAAGAUUGAUCUACAAUUGUUAG